AACAAAAUGAAUUUUAAAUCUAACACUACACUCGACCAGUAAGGUUAGUUUCUUGUGAUCAAGCGUACAAGAUAUGUUUUGAAUGUUUUUACACAUAAUAGUUCUACGUAGGCAAAAAUUGAAUGUUAUACUUUAAUGAAACUUGUGCAAAUGAGUAAUUAUGAAGAUCAUGUAAUGAAUGUUAUGAAAAAUGUUUUUGGUUACGAAAAUUUUAAAAACAACAUUCAAAGAAAUGCCAUUAUUUCUAUUUGCGAAGGUACGAAAUAUGUAUUUAUAUCUAUGCCUCCUGGGUUUGGUAGAUCUCUUUGCUAUCAAUUACCAGCACUUAUACAAAAAAAAGUUGGAAUUAUUUUUUCUCCCAAAUUAUCUUCUAUGAAGAAAGAAAUAGAUUUUUUAAGAAGCAAACACAUUAAUGUUGGUUUGCUAUCUAGGAGCACCAAAGAAAAAGAAAGGUAUAAUAUUUUAAAAGAUUUGACAUCAAUAUCUCCAAAAAUAGUAUUAUUAUAUGUAACUACUGAAAUGAAUACUUUAACCUAUCUCAAGAAACUUGUCAUUUUAUUACAAGAGCGUAACUUAUUGUCUUAUAUUGUAUUUAAUGAAAGUCAUUGUUUAAGUGAAUGGGGAUAUGACUUUAAACCUGGUUACAAAGAUAUAAAUGCAUUUAAUGAAAAACUGAAAUUUGUUCCUAAAAUUGCAGUAACUACAACUGUUACUGAUAAGGUAACCAAAGAUAUUUGCAAAUUUUUAACGUUAGAAGACCCAAAAGUUUUUAAAAUACCUAUACAACAAAUUAAUGUACACCUUGAUGUGUGGUUUUUAGAUUUACUUUCUGAUCCCUUUGAACAUCUUAAAACUUUUAUUGUAGGAGUACUUGGUCUUUUUAAUUCAUCUGCUCAUAAGAUAGAUGAAGGUUUUGGCAUUAUUUACUGUCGAGAAAUAGUUACUGCAAAGUUGUUACAAACCAAAUUAAGUGCUCUAGGAAUAUCUACGCUUGUCUGUCACCAUGGAUUAAAAAAAAGUAUCCAACAUAUUAUUGAAAGUGAAUGGGUAUCUAAGAAAAUUCAUGUUAUCAUUACAACAUAUGAUUAUGGAUUUAUACAUAAGAAAUCAAUCAGGUGUGUAGUUCAUUGGACAAUACCUGAAAAUAUUGCCAAGUAUUAUAGAGAAUGUACACAGAUACAUUCAGAGAAUGAUUAUACAUAUUGUAGAAUAUAUUUUAGUAUGAAAGAACAUUCUUCUGUGAAACACGUUAUUGAAAAUCGCAAAAUAAUUAACGAUAUAGAACAUAUUCGGAAACGAUUAAGUGAAUAUGACAAAUUUGUCUCUUACUGUCUUUUAAUAAUGUGUCGACAUGUAGCUGUUAAUCAAUACUUCGGGCACAUAAUACCGUCUUGCAAAACCAAUUGUGACGUUUGUAAAAACGAAGAAAUAGUAAAGAUUAGGGUACAUAAGUUUAUUGCAUAUUCAGAAAGCCUUGAAGGAAUAAAAUACAACAUCUGCGAUAUUAAUGAGGAUGUGAAAAAACAACAAAUAAUAGCCGAAAAGCAAUCGGAUACAGUUUCAAAAAUUACAAAACAACCAGAUGUAAUUCCAAAAGUUAAGGAAAAACUAAUAAAUAGUUCAGAAAUAAAACAUAAGUCCUUCAGUAAAAAAAUUACUGUGAAUACGGAUAGUGAUGUAGAGUGUAUCAAGCAAUGGGAUGAUAAAUUUUCGUUAAACAAGAAAAAACGGUUAUUAGCAGAAAAAAUUUCUCUUAAAAAAAUUCAUCAGUCAGUAGAGAGCGGCAUUCAAAGUAACGCAAAGAAUACGGCGAAAACCGCGAAAGAUAAUUCACAUAUGAUACAGUUAAGUCAACACGCGAUAGCGCAGUCUUUGCUGGAUAAAUACAAGUUAGACAGUACAGUGAUAUCUUUGAAAAUGAUAUCUUGUAGCUCGCAAAAUAAUAUUUAUCAAUCUACUAAACCAAAAAUAAUUAAUAUCAAUCCCUGCAAUAAUAAACAUAAAGAUGAACAAAGGUGCAAGUCUAGUUCUUCGAAAGUUUUAAAGAACGAUGACGAAAUAAAGGUGUGUAAAGAAAAGAAUCGUGUUUCAAAACAAAAUUCUGGCGGGUCUAGCACUAUUGAAGAUAAACAGUUAGAUAAAAACUUGAGGAAACGUUUCGCCGGCGCAGAUACAUGUCCUGAAGAUUACAAAUUGAAAAGAAGAAAAUUAGAGCACGAAAAUGAACCAACUACCGGGACAGAAAUAAAUAGAGAUAGAGGAAAUGCUUUUGAUUCGUGUUUUGAAUGGAUCAAGGAUGAUUCAAAUGAAAAGCCGACGCAUGAGCAUGUAACGAUAGAACGUGUGAUGAAUACAUUUUCAUUGGAUAGACAUUCAAUAACGAUAAUACCGCGAAAGAAGUGAAGUUAGAGCGAACUAACGCGUACGCUUUGAAAAGUACUCGAUGCACGCAAUAUUGUACAUAUUUGUACUAUAUUUAUCAAUGUAUUUAUCAAUCAUGUAAGUUAAUCACAGGUGCAAUUGUAUUUCAAAUAGGACACAAGUCAUAUAUCCUACAGAAUAGAAUUAUGUACAUAGAAUACAAUUGUUACAAAUAAUAUGAUUAGUAUUAAUU